GUUAGACAGGAAUGUUCUCUGGUCCUAAAACGCCAGACACCUUAAAUACAAUCAGGACUUUAGUAGAUCAAAUUAUAAAGCUGGAUUUUACUUUAGAAAAAAUCUUCAGAGCUAUUAUCAAAUUAUAAUUAAUGGCAACGUUAAGAGAUACUUCAGUGGCUUUCUUGACUUUCAACUAGCAACGCUUGAAAAGAAGUGUGUAACUAACAUAUACAAUCUGACCAAGUCACCUUUACCCUUUGAACUCUGUUUUAUGCAUUACAAUGAGCAGAGACAAAAUUCUAUUACCUUCAUUCAUCAUGGAACGAUAUGAUAAAGAUGACUCCAAUGACAGCGUUUUAAACCAUGCAAACGAUAUACGUUAAAAUUAACGUGGAAUACUGGGAUACUAUUCGAAUUUUUAAUGAAUCAAAUUUAAAUUUAUUUAGGUCAAUCCUACUCGUAGUAUUAGAAAAAAUACACACAGAACAGUGAUCAGUUUCAGUUGGCCUCUGCCUCUAACUCUACGCGUACGGACAGUGAAGUUACAGUCAGAGGCGUAACAGAAACAAUUAGGGUAAACAUUGGCAUACAGGCAAUAGUUUUAGUUUUAAAAAUAUCUACUGUCAUUUUUAUGAACAACUUUGUGAAUAUGAUUCAGUCGAAUUCUAAAAUUAAAAUUCGUUCAUGGAAAUUAUCAGAUAGCGAAGAUGUGUGGACAGUCUUAAAGGAAGGAAGUUUCAGUAACAUCAACUCGGCAUUUAUUCUGUGUUUAAGGAAACUUUUUGUAAGGGGGAUAAGCACAAUUCUCUUUGGAUUAGGAAUCUGGAAUGGAUUUUCUCCCCUUACUUUUGUUUUUCUCGCCAUUCUUGGUAUUAUACUGAUAUAUUUGGUGUGUUUCAUUGGGACAUUAGUAUAUUUGUAUGUCUCGUAUCUUCAAGAUAUAAAGAAUAUGAAAGAAUACUAUUUUGAUAAACAAGACCAUCACUUUUGGGUCGCUGAAUACAAUGGAGAAAUCGUUGGCACCAUAGGCAUUGUUCAAAAAGUUUCUCAACUACCAGGAUCACCUUUCAAUGACCAUACGGAGGCCAACAUUAAAAAAGUGGCCUGGUUGAGGAGGAUGGCUGUUAAAAACAAGUUCCGCGGUAUGGGAAUAGCGAAACUGCUUGUCAACAAAACGAUUGAGUUCUGCGUGGAACAAAACUAUGAUGGUAUUUUUCUGAUCACAACGGAAGUUCAUCACGCAGCCCGCGCACUGUAUGCCAGAAUGGGGUUUCACCUUGCUGCUUGCAAGCCUUAUAAAUAUUUGAAGGGCCUCGUUGUUGUUGAGACAUUCGAAUUUAUAAUGAAUUUGUGACAGCCUCGAAUCUCCUCAGGGGUAAAGGAUGUUCACGAAAUCAAUUGCAUUUUUUAUCAGCUUUUCUCCUGUGGGGAGUUAGCACUGCAUGUCCACUGAUGGGCGAGGAAACAUGCAAGGCUUACCACAAGGCCUACCACAAGGCUUACCACAAUGUUCACCACAAGGCCUACCAUGAUGAAACAUUUAUUUACCACAUAGAAUAGUCCUUUACUUACAGUGUUCAGGUUAACACACAUGUUUUCAAAAACAUAUUUGAAAGCUAGAAAUAAUUUUAAAUAAACCUAAAGGUAAAAAUUAGUUGUAUCUUUCUAAAAAAGGCUGUUGCCAAGCUGUACAUGAGAUUUGUAGCAGUAGCAGCAGUCAAUAAACGGAAGAGAAGAGUGAGGG